AUGUCCGCCGAGGUCGACAUCGCGUGCGCCGUCUGCCGCGCGCGCGGUGUGGACGUCUUCGAGCCCUCCGACGCCGGUUUCUUAGUGUGCGCGCGGUGCGGGACGCAGAGCCAACACCAAGCCCAAGAGCUCGGGCUCGCGAGCGACGACGAAAACGAACUCUUCCUCGGCGCCGGCGGCGGUGGGAACCGACGACGCGGGCUGAGGUACCGUAAAGUUCACCGACAGAGCGAUGGCGCGUCGCGAGCGCGCUCGAUCGGGGUGCACGAGGGAGUGAGAAGGCGAGACGCGUGGAAAGCGUUCGAGGCGUACGCGUCGGCGUUUCAGACGACGCUGGAGCGACAGACGCGAGCGUUGGCGUUAGUGGUGGAUGAGGAUGGGAAUUGGUUGCGGGAAGAGGUGCGGGAGGUGUGGGAUCGGUACGUUCGGGCGUGCGGGGCGAUGGAGGCGAUGGGGAGUCAACGGUCGAAGGCGGAGACGGAGACGGAGAUGGAGACAGAGACAGAGACGGAGACGGAGAACAUGCAGGAAGAGGAAAUGGACGAUCGAGCGAGAGGGAAUAGACGCCAAAAGAUGUCGACGACGCGGAAGUUGACCAAGCGCUUGCCGCUGUCGAUGACGCUGGGGAUUUUGUAUUUAGCGUGCGCCCGGCGACGCGCGGCGCUCUUGCCGCUCGAUUUGGCAAAGAUGGCCGAGGACGGGACAAUACCUUACCUAAACGUUCGAGGAAUGAUCAGAGAGACGUACGGGGAAGAGAUAUUUGCGACGCUUCCGCGCGACGACGCGUUUGCGAUCGAUGCCGGGCGGAAGCACAUGCCAAGACCGGACAAAAUCGUCGCGGCGGCGGCGUACGCCGCGGAGAAGAUUGGCGUGGAGUUACCACCCAUCAACGCCGCGGCGCUCUUGGGGCGCUUCGUCGGGGCGUUGAAUCUCGGCGAUGAUGUUUUAAUCGCGGCGCAGCGCGUUUUGACGGUGUAUCUGUCCCCUCAUCUGCGUUAUGGCUACGGGAAGCACACGCCUGAGUCGACGCUCAUGGCGUACGUCGUCGUCGCUUUAAAGUUCCUUUACGGAUUGGACGGAAGGACGAAAACUAAAGGACUCCCCAGAAACAAGAAAAAGACUACAUUCGUCUCCCCACCCGCGGUGGCGCCCGUGUCGACCAGGGGUUGGACCGCUUGGGCUCGAGCCGUGUCGAAUCUAGGCGCGCCUUCUCGCAGUUGGACUGAGGCGGAGAUCAUCGCGCUCGAUUCCGAGGAAAGGGAUCGUUAUUUACGAUUCGUGUACCAUGAGCAAAUAGAUGAUCGUGUCUUGCCGUUUCCGUUCGACAGAAUCGAGGCCAAGCUGUUGAAAAUGGUGCCUCAUCGCAGACUUAACGGAGACACAAGAUUGGCGCACGUGACACCACCGGCGCCAGUACGAACGGAGAACGAUGAUCUCCUAAAUUUCGUUCGCGAUAAACGCGCGCUCGCUGAGUUAUACGAGCGUCGGGUCAGGUUUAACACUGCGCUCGCCGUGUAUGACGCUCGAGAUUUUGCCGAGAAGCACGAUACGCAUUACGAUCAGUUCGGCGCGAGGCGUAGCCAGCUCGAGGCUGAUGUCGCCUCUCGCGCGGGUGGUACCGCGUUGCGCAAGGAUACGACGACAUCAGAGCGCAAUUUGAUCGCAAGUUUGGUGGCUAGGAUGAUGCAGGGCUCCAAAACGGACAUGAUGAAUCUCGUCGGUGGCGACAAGGCCGCGGCGCAGGUGAGACUCACGGCUUUCGUUCGACAAAUCGUCGCGAAGACGCUUCCUAGGAAUGUCGUGUUCAACGGGAGCAAGCGUCAGUGUGAAUCCAUCGCACGAUCAUGCGUGAAAAGUGUUGAUGAAGAAGACAAAGCGCUGGCGGCGUAUUUCCCCGGGACGAGGAAGGGACGGAAGGAGAGGGAGCUCCAUGGAGCGGUGAAGGUUGCUCUCGAGGAUAUCGCUGCAGAGCAGAGGCUGAGCGACGCCGUUUCAAAAUUCGCAGUCGAUGGCCAGGUUUACGACGCUUCCUCUAAAGAGCUAGCGGCGACGUGCGCAAAGCUGAUUUGCACUCGCUCGGCAUCGUUUUACUUACCGGCAAGUUCUAGCGAGCUGGUAUCGUCGCCACGGGAAUACAUGGAGGUCGUCGAAGCGAUCGCGCAGUACAUGUGGAUCGUUCCAGAGUCAUUGCACGACAGCGUGAAAGAGCUCGAAUUCGUAUUGUUUCGCAUCGAAGAAUUCUUACGCGUCGAGGAAGAGACGCGCGUGCGCAUAGCUAAGGAGGAAGAACGGAAACUGAGAGAUCUCUGCAAGUCGGCGCCAGAGCGGAAGAAAGUGCGGCGCAGGUGA